GUGAAUUUGGAAGUCAAUAACAGCUCAAAACGAAUUUUCGAAUCAAAAAUUUUGAGUCUAGAAAGCAUACUUAUUGUGUAAAUUUUUAAGAUUUCCUAAUCAUAAUUGGCUAGAGCAGUUGUGUGAAUAGUUUUCUCGUGUAAACCCACCCUUAUCCUGACAAACGGUGAAUCCACAAAGCUACUGUUUAAUAACUUUCAAAUAUGUAUCUUAUGAAGUGAGCUAGCAUACAGAUCACAAAAUGAUUCGCUGCUGUGUCGUGAGUUGCGACACUGACGAGAAUGUUGUCAAUUCUACGUCUGUUUUCUUUGUUGGUUUUCCAACAAAUCCUAUGCUUCACAAAGAAUGGAUGAAUAUUCUUGCCUCCAAUAAUUCGCUUCUUGAUGGAAUUAUUACCGAAAGAACAAAAAUUUGCAGUUGCCACUUUGACGAUGACGCUUUCGGCAAGCAUCCAGUGCAUGGCUAUCGCUUUCUACUUCCCACGGCUAUACCGACCGUUUUCCCUCCUAUCGAGGAAGAUGCUUCGGUGGAUCUUGUUCCGGACGAUGCCAUAGAUGCUAACGAUCUUGUGGAGGAUGAAACCAAUCUGCUUUCCUAUUGCGAAACAAAACCCAUUUUGUUCGAUAUAAAUAAACAGACAUUGGAGGAGUUUGGAACAGAGGAUAUGUCCGUCGCAACAUCGGUUAGUGAUCUGGAACAGGCAACAAAAGCGAUUGGAAUCGAGUAUGCCGAUGGAAAGUAUUACUUCUUGCAAUCAGAAGAUGAAUGCGCCGACGAUUUGAUCGAACGUGACGAUCAAUCUGAAUGCAAAAGUACUGUUUUGUCGUUACCCCCGCAAGACGUGAUUUCGUAUGAUCACGUUGUUGAAAAAACUGAUCCAAGCGCUAGUGAUUUUAGUAUAGUUGUCGAUGAAGUAUUUCGCUUAAAGCAGGCUAAGCUGGGGGCUGACAGUUUAACGGAUCAGAUCGUGAUGGAAACGGAUGCCGACAGUAUGAUAGAAUUUGCCAAUAGUAUCGCCCCAUCGGAGUGUCCAAGCAACGAUUACUCGGAGUUGAAAUCGAAUAUUGAGUACGUGGUAGUUAAGGAGGAGGAUCACGAGGAGGUUGGUUCUUUGAUUGAAGUUAUUGAAGACGAUGAAUUGGCGAUCAGUGAAUCUCCAGUGACAGAGUACGGUACGGUGGAAAUGCUAGAUGAUUCUGGUACUCAGUCGACCGUUCGAAGGAAAGGAGCUAGAAUCGAUAAACAUUUCUGUAAAUCCUGUGGGAAAGGUUUUCCUUAUGAAAGUGGUCUCAAGAAACAUGAGUUCGUACACAACGGCGAAAAGCCACACGUUUGUAACAUUUGUGGAAAAAGCUUCUCUCAAAAGGUUAAUCUCACCAUCCACUCGCGACGCCACACCGGCGAAGAGACGGUUAAAAAAUUCCCUUGUCCUUUCUGCGACAAAAAAUGUACCCGAAUGAGCGAACUGAAGAUUCAUAUGAAAACCCAUUGGAAAAAGUUGCCACAUCCUUGCCAGCUCUGCACGGAACGCUUUGCGGAGGUUACCAGCUAUUACGAUCACCUUAAAACCCAACACAAGGACGAAUUGACGCUUCAGGAGUGCAUCGAUAUGAUUGCACAGAACGAAAACGCCGAGCUGAUUGUGCCGGAAGAAUCAUACUCGGUCACCGGUGAAGAUGGGAGCUUUAUGUGUACAGUCUGUCUCAAAUCCUUCCGCAGCGAACGGUUGCUCCGAAAGCACAAGCGGAAAAUGCAUCCCAAAGUGUUUGUGUGCUCCCAAUGUCCUAAGCGAUUUCUGUACAAAAGUUUACUGGAUAAGCAUGUGCGAGUUCAUACGCAAGAGAAACCGUUCAUGUGUCAGCACUGCGAAAGGGCUUUUUCACAAAAGGUUAAUCUCGAGGUACAUCUGUUCAAACGGCAUAACGUUCGUGUGGGGAAUAUUUCACGAAAGACUAGCAGUUGCGAGUUCUGUAACAAGGUUUUCGAUCGUCCCUCUUCGCUGCAGGUUCACAUACGAACGCACACCAAGGAACGUCCAUUCUACUGUCGGGACUGUCCGAAAACGUUUGUUUCGAACAGCGCUCUGGCAUCGCACAUCAAACACAACCACCGAGGAGAAUCAUUGCUUCUUCAGCCAUCGCAGCGAAAUUUGAUGGCCAAAUCGGAAAGCUACGUACUACAGGUGUGUAAUGAGUCCACAGACUUGGUUGAAGGUGUGUCCGGGGAUGGUGACCAAAUGAUUCAAUAUUCGAUAGAAAUUAUCAAUCCAAUCGAACCCGAGGGUUCACUGUCAAACAUUGACCCUAUUUAAUAUACAUAUAUUAGGCACAAAAA